AUGGAGGUGGAAUGGGGUGCUGGACCCCACCUCCCAAAAAACACGCUCCACAUGGCCGACAUCCCCACUAAAAAAAAGGGCAAAAAAAAGGUGUAUCCCCCUGGUCAAACGACAGGCCAAGGUGUAAAGGGUAAAGAAACAAAGAGAGCCAUGGGGAAAAAUGGGCUCAUUACUUACAGAAAACAGUACCUCAUGUACAUUCCGGAAGUGUCAACCCCAGAAUCAAGAGCAUCUGUGACUGAGACAAUAUCCCAUGAAUUGGCUCAUCAGUGGUUUGGGAACCUGGUUACUCCCAUGUGGUGGGACGACCUCUGGCUUAACGAAGGAUUUGCUACCUAUAUAAGUUUCCUUGGUGUGGAUCAUGCAGAGCCAACAUGGAAAGUACUGGAAACAUCAAUCAUCCAAGGAAUUCAUGGUGUGUUCAGUCUUGACAGUCUGGAGUCAUCACACAAGAUCAGCGUUAGUGUCAAUCACCCUGACGAAAUCGCCGAAGUCUUUGAUGGUAUAUCCUAUCAAAAGGGAGCGUCUAUCAUCAGGAUGAUGACCCAUUACCUCACUGAAGCAACAUUUAGGAAGGGGCUGACCAACUACCUGAAAGCACUUGCAUACAAGAAUGCAGUGCAAGAUGACUUGUGGAAAUAUUUAACACUGGCGGCUCACGAGGAUGGCAUUCUACCCCAGGACAUGACUGUUAAGAUGAUCAUGGACACGUGGACGCUGCAGAAGGGCUACCCUGUCAUCCACGUUAAAAGAAGCCUGGAUGGAACCUCCGCCAUUUUGACACAGGAACGUUUCCUUGUAGAAAGGAGCACAAACUCUUCCAACAGCACGGCUUACAAGUGGUGGGUGCCGCUGACUUACACGACCCAGAGUGAGGCCAACUUUAACCAGACUCAAGCCAAGUUAUGGAUGAAGGACUCUGAGGAUUACAUCAUCGUCUUAUCCCUUCCACCCACAGACCAGUGGGUCAUCUUCAACCUGCAGGAGACAGGCUACUACAGAGUCAACUACGACGACCACAACUGGAAUCUUAUUAUCCAGCAGUUGAAGAAGGACCACCGGGUUAUUUCCCCCAUCAACAGAGCCCAGAUAAUCAAUGACGCUAUGAACGUUGCUAAAGCUGGUACGAUACCUGUAGGUAUCAAGGAAACUUUUCAUAAUUUAGGAAAGGAGAAACAAGCGAGUACCGUACCAGCUUUAGCAACGUUCAUAGCGUCAUUGAUUAUCUGGGCUCUGUUGAUGGGGAAAUAA